UGGAUGUGAUCAGGAUGUUCCGCGCUCCGGAGGUAGCGCUAUCUGCAGUACAACCAUAACACUGCAUUAUAGUCUGCUCAAGGGACUGCUGCACCUGGGAUGUUGACUGAAGAUUUCAUCUGCACAGGUGCUGUAACUGGGGCAAAUGACAGACAUGGGACAUAAAAGGAAGAAGAAGGAUACCAGCUGGUGCCCUGAUCUUCUGCACUGCUUUGUGGCAUCAAGAGGAGAAUCAAAACAUGCCUCCAUCUGAAAUGAGAUGCAAACUUUAGCCAUGGAUCACAAACCUCAGAACAAAAGCAGGACCAGCUACUUUGGCAAUGUCAAGAACAGGUUGGGGCCUAAGCUGCCCACAGGUGUCUCUCAGCCUCCACAGUUCACAACGAGAACAUGGGAGGUCCAGCCUCUGGCCCCAGCUCUGCAGCAGCCCACAGUGAGCAGCCAGAGGAGGCAGCAGCUCAUGUCAGCCAGGCCGCUGAACCACACACCCCACAUCCGAAAUCCUAAACUCCGCCAGUAUUACUUGCAAGGACCGCCAUGGGAAGUAAACCGUACAGAUGUCUCACAUUCAAAGGGUCACCCCGGGGACACCGUCUUUAGUGUUUCAUCACAGUUUCACAGCUCAUCCCAGACGUCUUCAUCAGACACGCUCAUCCCUCGAGAACAGCUGCUGGUCGUGCCUAAAGAGAAGACCUUAUCUACAACUCAAGAGGAGCCACCGUUACAAGCUACAACAAAGUCCAACCUGCAUUCUAAAGCCAAGUCAGAAAUAGGAGACGUUUCGACUGCUCAUUCCCCAUCACCAGAAGCUGAAUAUGACAAACUACUGGAUGUGGAGGCGGUGCCAAUGCCUGAUGGACAGCUCUGUUUACUGGCCCUCCCUCCUGAGUGCUGUGAGGGCGAGGGAGCAGACGCUACACCAUAUCUGAAGCUAUUUUGCCGCUAUAUCACUGACUGCAAGGGGGUGGUAUCUGGCAUUCUUCUGGUGACUUCCAAUAAGCUUUUCUUUGACCCGUGUAAGACCCAUCCCCUGGUCAAGGAAAAUGGUUGUGAAGAGUACGUCCUGUCCUGCUCAGUGGACAGUCUGGCUUCGGUCUCAUUCUAUUCAGAUAUCACCCACAUUCAUUUCAACACUUCUCAGCAGAGGAGAAAAGGAAAGACACUUUUCCAAAAGUUAAAACCAUUUAAAAGCCAAACAAACCAUCAUCCCGGUCACACAGAUGAUGCAACCUCGGUGGAUUCUGCUUUAAGAGAUGCAGAUGUGUGUGAUGGUGGCGAGGAGGAGGAAUCUGCCAGCAGAGACAUGGCAGAGGUGGAGAGGGAGCUGGACAGCGAUCUGCUCAAUGGUCUGUACGACCCAACAGCAGCAGCUGUCUGCAGCAGUGCUGCUACAUUCUGUUGUGGUGGACCAGAGGACACCAGUGGACUGAAGAUGGAGGAAGAGACGUCAGCUGUGAAACAGCACAGUACAGUAUGUGGACGACCAUCACAGAACAGUCCUGGGAGCCUUAUGUUUGUGCGACUGCGUGCUCAGCUGUCUGCGGGGAGGAGGAGGGGUCCUGGUGUGCAGCUCGGGUCGUCCAAAACACUACCAAGAAGAGACACAUGGCUUGCACUGUCACAGGAGAGCUCGGAUGAGUUGUACGCCUACCUUACACAGUGUUGCCCGGACCUGUGUUUACUAGAAGGGGCGCAAGAGGAGGAUGAAGAUGAAUUUGUUCUAAUUGAGGACAAAGAGCAAGUGAGUGAGGAGGAGGAGGAGGAGAAGGAGGGAAACUUCCAGAGACACCGCUGCUCAGGAGAAGACUGGGAGGUUAGAGGAAUACACAGGAGUACACAAGCUAUGGUAGUAAUGGACGAACACAGGGAAAGGUCAAUUCUUGCAAUUGACAAGGAACCAGAAGGACUACAGAGUAUUGUGGAGCGCAGCCAUAUUUUAGAAGCUUCACAUGUGAAAGAGCUUUGUAAGGAGCUGCCUCCCAGGACUGUGGGCCAUACCUGGAAACUAACAUACAGCACUUCACGCCACGGAUCUAGCCUCAAGUCUCUGUACCGAAAAGUCAGCACUUCGGAUUCCCCAGCUCUCAUAAUUAUAAAGGAUGCACUCGAUGAGGUGUUUGGUGCCUUUCUCUCCCAUCCCCUGAGACCCAGUGAAGCCUUCUAUGGCACAGGAGAAACUUUCCUCUUCAUGUUGCAUCCACGGUUUAAGUGUUUCAGAUGGACUGGGGAAAACUCCUUCUUCAUAAAAGGUGACUUGGAUUCCUUCGCUAUUGGAGGAGGAAGCGGUCACUUUGGGCUGUGGGUGGAUGAGAAUCUGUACUUGGGCCGCAGCAGCCCCUGCUACACUUUCAAUAACUGCUGCCUCUCAGAAACAGAUGACUUUCGAAUCAUGGAGCUCGAGGUGUGGACUUUUGGAUGAGCUCUGCUUCAAUCAGCCGCCUCUAGCAACUUGUAGUUUAUCACUAAGUGAAAGUGCUCAUUCAUUCAAUGUAUAGUCCAUCUCUUUAUAAUGGACAUGAAUGCUGUGAAUUUAUCUUAAUCACAAAAGUACAGACUGAUCCAGAACAGCAUGCUGCUCCUGGAGAGAAGACUCAUUCCUGUGGGUUAGGCAUAGAUGCUGUGGUUAGACUGAGACCACUGGAGCAAUCUGAAGAGCCAAAGUUCUCAAAGCACUCCUUAGAAACAGUUAUGUUAAUGUGAAUCUCAAGUAAUUUUAAUGGUUUACAAUAUGAGCACACUUAUGGCCGUUCUUAAGAUGUGUGUGCUGUCCUAACUGUACACUAAAUAUAAUGUGUCUUAUUCAAAAAGCUACUGAACAUACAGAGAUGCCUUGCUCACCCAUCAUCUCUAGUAUAUACAGGGCUUUCCACUAACAGAAUACAUUCUUAAAGAUCAGGACUGCUUUCCUGAAACCUCUUAAACAACUGGCAGGCUCAUACAGACACUUUCAAUAUCAGGCAUUGCUGCCUUGAGAAAACAUUAUAGCAGCUACAUCUACAUGUAGAAUUAAAUCUGUAAGUCAUCUGGAUGUGUACAUUGUAAAGUAUUGUAGAACAGAAAAAGUUAAAUUAAAAUCAUUGUCACGUA